GCGCGCCGGCACAAUGUACGCCGUGUACCGUCAGGCUCACACGCCCACCGCGGUGGAGUUCUCGGUCUACUGUAACUUCAUAUCCAGCGAAGAGAAAAACUUAGUGGUUGCUGGAACAUCUCAGCUUUACGUCUAUCGUAUCAUUCACGAUGUGGAGAGCACUUCCAAAGCUGAUAAAUCCACAGAUGUUAAGAGCCGUAAGGAGAAGUUGGAGCUGGUGGCCUCCUUCUCCCUGUUUGGCAACGUCAUGUCAAUGGCCAGUGUUCAACUUGUAGGGACCAACAGAGAUGCUUUGCUUCUCAGCUUCAAAGAUGCAAAGCUUUCCGUGGUGGAGUACGACCCAGGCACACACGACCUGAAGACUCUCUCACUUCAUUUCUUUGAGGAACCAGAGCUCAGGGAUGGCUUUGUGCAGAAUGUACACAUACCCAUCGUGCGGGUAGACCCAGAGAAUCGCUGUGCUGUGAUGCUGAUCUACGGCACUCAGCUUGUUGUCCUGCCUUUUAGGAAGGACACGCUGACUGACGAACAGGAGGGCAUUGUGGGAGAGGGACAGAAGUCCAGCUUCCUGCCCAGUUACAUCAUCGACGUGCGUGAAUUGGAUGAAAAGCUCCUGAACAUCAUUGAUAUGAAAUUUCUCCAUGGUUACUAUGAACCCACGCUACUCAUAUUGUAUGAGCCCAAUCAAACAUGGCCUGGGCGCGUGGCGGUCCGUCAGGACACCUGUAGCAUCGUGGCCAUCUCUCUGAACAUCAUGCAGAAGGUUCAUCCAGUCAUCUGGUCUCUGAGUAACCUCCCCUUUGACUGCACACAGGUCAUGGCUGUGCCCAAACCCAUAGGUGGGGUGGUAGUGUUUGCAGUCAAUUCCUUACUGUAUCUGAACCAAAGCGUCCCACCAUACGGGGUGUCGCUCAACAGUCAGACCAACGGCACCACCGCCUUCCCCCUCCGAGUUCAGGAGGAGGUGAAGAUUACCCUGGACUGUUCUCAGGCAGCGUUCAUCGCCUCUGAUAAAAUGGUUAUCUCUCUGAAGGGCGGAGAAAUUUAUGUACUGACCCUCAUCACAGACGGCAUGAGGAGCGUGCGAGCGUUUCACUUCGACAAAGCGGCCGCCAGCGUCCUCACCACCUGCAUGAUGACCAUGGAGCCUGGCUAUCUGUUUCUGGGUUCACGUCUGGGUAACUCCCUCCUCCUCAAGUACACAGAGAAAAUACAGGAGACGCCGAUAGAGGAGGGGAAAGAGAAGGACAAAGAUAAAGAAAAAGAAAAACAGGAAGAGCCACCGAGCAAAAAGAAGAGGGUGGACUCUACGAACUGGGCAGCUGGGAAGGCGUCUCUGCUGGACGAACUGGACGAGAUUGAGGUGUAUGGGAGCGAGGCCCAGUCAGGCACUCAGCUGGCCACCUAUUCUUUUGAGGUUUGUGAUAGUAUAUUGAAUAUUGGUCCCUGUGUCAAUGCAUCUAUGGGAGAGCCAGCAUUCCUCUCUGAAGAGUUCCAGGGUAACCCAGAACCGGACCUGGAGGUGGUGGUGUGUUCUGGAUAUGGCAAGAACGGGGCCCUGUCUGUGCUUCAGAGGAGCAUCAGACCUCAGGUCGUCACCACGUUUGAACUGCCGGGUUGCCAUGACAUGUGGACGGUCAUAUCCAAUGAGGAGAAGCCAGAGACUGUAAGGCCUCCAGCAGAGGGAGACAGUGAGACCACAGAGGAGGAAAAACAGGAGCCUGUUGUAGAGGAUGAGAAAAACAAACACGGUUUCCUCAUCCUCAGCAGAGAGGACUCCACUAUGAUCUUGCAGACUGGGCAGGAGAUUAUGGAAUUGGACACCAGUGGUUUUGCCACUCAGGGGCCAACUGUGUUUGCUGGUAACAUUGGGGACAACAAAUAUAUCAUCCAGGUGUCUCCGAUGGGCAUCCGGCUGCUGGAGGGAGUGAUCCAGCUUCACUUCAUCCCCGUGGACCUGGGAUCUCCCAUAGUGCACUGCUCCGUGGCCGACCCUUACGUGGUCAUCAUGACCGCGGAGGGCGUCGUCACCAUGUUUGUUCUGAAGAGCGACUCGUACAUGGGGAAGACUCAUCGGCUGGCACUGCAGAAACCGCAGAUCCACACGCAAUCCCGCGUGAUCACGCUGUGCGCGUAUCGUGACAUCAGCGGCAUGUUCACCACAGAGAACAAAGUGAGCUUCCUCACCAAAGAGGACACAGUGGCCAGGAGUCUGUCUGAGGCUGAGACCAUCAUCCAGGAUAUGAGUAACACCGUGGAUGAUGAGGAGGAAAUGCUCUAUGGAGACUCCAAUCCUCUGGUCAGCCCCACCAAGGAGGAACCCAGCCGCAGUGCAGCCUCCGCAAUGCAUUCUGGGAAGGAUGGCACCCAGGGCAAGAUGGAGCCCACCCACUGGUGCUUGGUGAUGAGGGAGAAUGGUGUGAUGGAGAUCUACCAGCUUCCUGAUUGGCGCCUGGUGUUCCUGGUGAAGAACUUUCCAGUGGGGCAGAGAGUACUGGUGGACAGUUCAGCUGGCCAAUCAGCUCAGGGUGAAGUUAAAAAAGAGGAAGUUACACGCCAAGGAGAAAUCCCAUUGGUCAAAGAGGUUGCCCUGGUGUCUCUUGGUUACAACCACUCCCGACCAUAUCUGUUGGCACACGUGGAUCAAGAGCUUCUCAUUUACGAAGCUUUUCCGUACGACCAGCAGCAGGCUCAGAGUAACCUAAAAGUUCGCUUUAAGAAGGUGCCUCACAACAUCAACUUCAGAGAGAAGAAGUCAAAGUUCUCAAAGAAAGACAAGAGGCCAGAGGGUCCCGGAGAGGAGUUGUUGGGGGCCAAGGGUCGUGUGGCUAGGUUCCGCUACUUUGAGGACAUCUCAGGGUACUCAGGGGUGUUUAUCUGUGGUCCUUCCCCUCACUGGAUGCUGGUCACCUCUCGAGGUGCCAUGAGACUUCACCCCAUGACCAUAGAUGGCGCCAUCGAGUCCUUCUCCCCCUUCCACAACGUCAACUGCCCCAAAGGCUUUCUCUACUUUAACAAGCAGGGGGAGCUGAGGAUCAGUGUCCUACCCACGUAUCUUUCCUAUGACGCUCCCUGGCCGGUCCGGAAGAUUCCACUCAGGUGCACGGUCCACUACGUCACCUAUCACGUGGAGUCUAAGGUCUAUGCUGUUUGUAGCAGUGUUAAGGAGGCCUGCACACGCAUUCCCAGGAUGACGGGCGAGGAGAAGGAGUAUGAAGUCAUAGAGAGAGAUGAGCGCUACAUUAACCCUCAGCAGGAGAAAUUCUCCAUCCAACUCAUUUCCCCAGUCAGCUGGGAGGCCAUCCCAAACACACGGAUUGAUCUGGAGGAGUGGGAACAUGUGACCAGCAUGAAGACUGUGGCAUUGAAGAGUCAGGAGACGGUGUCUGGGCUGAAGGGUUACGUUGCCGUGGGAACGUGUCUCAUGCAGGGUGAGGAGGUCACCUGCAGGGGCCGGAUUCUGAUUCUGGACGUGAUCGAGGUCGUGCCCGAGCCGGGGCAGCCCCUGACUAAGAAUAAGUUUAAAGUGCUGUACGAGAAGGAGCAGAAGGGCCCCGUCACCGCCCUGUGUCACUGUAACGGAUACCUCGUCUCUGCCAUUGGACAGAAAAUCUUCCUGUGGAGUCUGAAGGAUAAUGAUCUGACAGGUAUGGCCUUCAUUGACACUCAGCUCUACAUCCAUCAGAUGUUCAGCAUAAAGAACUUCAUCCUGGCCGCCGACGUGAUGAAGAGCAUCUCCUUACUGCGCUACCAGGAGGAGAGCAAGACCUUAUCGCUCGUCAGCAGGGAUGCAAAGCCGUUGGAGGUGUACAGCAUAGAGUUCAUGGUGGAUAACAACCAGCUGGGCUUUCUCGUCUCUGACAGAGACAAAAACCUGUUGGUCUACAUGUAUCUCCCAGAGGCUAAGGAGAGUUUUGGGGGGAUGCGCCUCCUGCGUAGGGCAGACUUUAACGUUGGGGCCCAUGUCAACACGUUCUGGAGGAUGCCCUGUCACGGCAUACAGGACCCUAACAACAAAAAGGCCCUGACCUGGGACAACAAACACAUCACCUGGUUUGCGUCUCUGGACGGAGGCAUUGGUCUGCUCUUGCCCAUGCAGGAGAAGACAUACAGGAGACUUCUGAUGUUACAGAAUGCCCUGACUACAAUGCUACCACACCAUGCUGGACUCAACCCUAAAGCUUUCAGGAUGCUGCAUAGCGAUCGGCGGACGCUGCAGAAUCCAGUGCGGAACAUUCUAGAUGGAGAACUCCUCAACAAGUACCUGUACCUGAGCACCAUGGAGCGUAGCGAGCUUGCCAAGAAGAUUGGUACCACGUCAGACAUUAUUUUGGAGGACCUGUUGGAGAUUGACAGGGUAACUGCUCACUUUUGAAGCGCCUGAUUGGUCCCUGUGGAUGUGGGAUGUUCCUUGGCUGCUCCCUCUACAUCUGAUUGUUUUCUAUGAAUUGAAAAAAAAAAAAUUGAGUUUCUUUAAUGUCAGAUUGUUUUUGAACAAUGAGGAAGACAGGAUGAAAAUAUGUUUUUGUUAUACGAUCUGUCCUGUCAAAG